AUGUACUCAACCUUCACAAUCGUCCCCGACAGCAAUACCAACCCCGGUCUCGUCAACGACACUUCAUUGUCCGCCUCCUCUCUAUCUGCCCAGACCUCUCCGCGUCCCAAACGAAACCAGGUUGCACGGGCUUGUGAUUGGUGCCGUGCCCAUCGCAUCAAGUGCGACAGCAGCCUUCCCUGUAAAAACUGCCACACGCGGGGCGGCCAUUGCACCAAAAAAGCCCAGGAGGUGCGCACCCUACCCCAUGCCCUCAGAGAGAUCGAGCGUCUGCAGCUACGCCUUCAAGAAGUCGAAGAACAGCUAGAAUCCGUCGAUGACCAUGACCAUCCGAACCGAACCCGACGUCGCUCGAGCUCAAAACGGGGAUUGGACGGUAUUCACACGCGCUCAGCACAAGCCUCGCGGACUCAGUGGUAUGGCCCGUCGUCGGCCUUUUAUUUCAUGGGCCGCGUCAGCAGCUACCUGAGCACUGUACUGGAACAACCUCAAAAUGACCACCAUCUUCAGCCCAAUUCUGCCAGCCGGACCUUUACCAGUCCUACCUCGCCCAAGCAGGCCCUCGAAAAGCCGCCCUCGUCUGUCGCUGAUGGAGCGGCGGCUGGCUCGGAGACGUACCUGAACGCGAUUGAAGAGGAUUACUUUCUCGGUCUGUUCUGGCACUCGUACCACCCCAUCUACCAAAUUCUGGACGAAUCCGAGUUCCGGGAGCAUUAUAAAUCUCUCUGGGACCUCUCACCCACGACACGGAAGUCAUCCGCACUCGUCGACAUCGUCCUCGCACUCUGCAUGCAGUAUGGCGUCCACUCCAGUCACGAGCAUGAUACUGCCAUCGCCGCCCCUCGGCUGGACCAUAAUGUCGACCUCGAUGAUGCGAGCAUUGCCGGUCGAUUGUAUUACCGCCGUUCGCAAGCGCUCCUCACCUCUGACGCCGAGAGCCCGUCCAUUGCGACGCUCCAAUGUCAUAUCUUUUCCGUCGUCUAUCUCUGUAAUGCGUCGUUCCAAAACAUGGCGCACACUACUUUGGCGGUUGCUGUGCGUGUCGCUCACAUUCUCGGCUUGCAUUUAGAACCGCCUGACAACCUUCCUCGCUCCCAGCAAGAGUUGCGGAAACGGAUCUGGUGGACUCUCUACGCAGUUGAGACCAAGACGUGUAUGAAGCUCGGCCGACCGUGGUUGUCAUCCGACCUGACCUCCACCUGCAGUCUUCCGGCUGACGACCACGAAUUAGCUCGGUUUUCUGUCUCCAACAUUGCGGCGUACGGCGACAAGGUGACCUGGUUGUCAUACAGCCGGCUCGUGACAACCUUGGUGCUCACUGUCGAGACGAUCUACCUGGGCUUCUACGACAAAUGUGCUGAGAUUCAGGAGGCAUGCAACAUCAAGAAUAUGUAUGUCGAUCCGUCCUAUCUGGAAGCGCCGGCCGAAUGGCUCCGGUCCCACUUGCAUAACCUCCAAGAUUGGUUGCACAACAUUCCGGACGCGAUGAAGACUAAACGCAAGGAUUCGGGCAAACCCUUCUCGACCGAUCGAUCGGCGCUGGAUCUGGAACGGUACGCGCCGUUGUGGCUCCAGCGUCAACGCCUGCUCCUGGAGCUUCUCUACCACAAUCUGUCCAUGAACCUCUACCGGCCCUUCAUCUGCUUCCCGUCUGGCUGCUCUCCCACCCAGAUUGAAGUGGAUGAUCAUGCCGUCUCUUGCAUCAAUCAUGCCAUUGCCAUUACAUACAUUCUCCAUCAGACCCUGACGACUACCGAUAUUCUUAAGGGGUGGUAUGAGGCCUUCCAAUGGCAGUGGAACGCCACCCUCUCGAUGGCCGGGUUCGUGCUCGCCUAUCCACUGCACCCGUCCACGCCGGCUACCCGCAACGCCCUCGACAGCGCUAUCACUGUCUUUGAGGUUUUUGGUACCCACUUUGCCGUCGCCACGAGCGCUGCCAGCGUCACCCGGGGACUCGCCACUAAGGCCGACUUUCUUAGCGCCCGCUUGCACUCAGGUUCCACCCCGGCACCGGAAUUCAAUGAUGACCUGGGCAGCAUGAGGCUGAUGGAUACACCAUGGGUCGAGUUCCAGAGCACGAUGGCCGGAGAGAUGGGAUUGGCGUACAAUGGCGACUCUUUAUAUAGUUUUGAGCCAUUGUACGUGGGAUCGAGGAAUCUGUCCGAUACGUGGAACUUUACAUAA